AUGAAGAAGCUGGUGGAACGUAUCAUUGAAGUUGGUGCAGCUGAUAAGCUGUUUGCGUCGCCUUAUGGCGCAAACAACCCACUCCAUUAUGCUGCUAAGGUUGGUAAUACCACUGCUGCAAGGCUUUUGGUGGCCCAGAACCCGUCUAUGACCCGUCUUCCGAAUGGAUCCGGUAAUACGCCGUUGAAAUUGGCUGCAUGGCAUGGAAACAAGAAAACGCUUCAAUACUUGCUGACGGUGACUCCAGAUUUACCACCACCCGGAGCUGAGGAAGGGACUGGUCCGUACACCGGACUUGCUGGUGGCGAUCUCAUUACCCUUACAAUUAUGGCUGGAUUCUAUGAUGUGGCGUUGAAAAUAAUUGAUAUGCACCCAAAUUAA